UAAACACACAGUGGUCCCAGCGCUGCGUGUGAGCAUGGCGUGUGUGGCGGAAGGGGAGGAUUUUUUCUCCCUUGUGUCCGUGGAGGAGAAGAGCCUCAUUCCUGAAGCCUUGGCGAGGAAGCUGCAAGAUGUGUGGGAGCUCAAAGUGAAGGAAAUUACUAACCUGAAGGUGGAAGUCGAGAAGUUGAAGCUGAGUUCUGAGCAAGAAAGAUUUCAACUUGAGAAGCAGGUGGUGGGCUUCCAGAGCCAGCUGGAAGAGGAAACAAGCCUGAAAGAUGAAUUCAAGACUCAGAAGGAAAAUUUUGAGAAGAAACUUGAAAAAAUUGAGGAUGACCUUCAACAGUCAAGACAGAAGAUUACUUCACUCUCCAGAGAACUGGAACAUUGUCAGAAUGAGAAAAAUAAUGUAUCCUCACAGUCAACAGCCAUGGCUGGAAGCCUUGAAUCGCGAAAUAAACAAAUACAGGAAUUACAAGAGCAGGUCCAUCGCCUGAAUGAACAGCUGAGUGAGCUGGCUCGGUUAAAGAAUGAAGCUGUAAUCCAUGCUGAGGAAGCAAGCAGUCGAGAGAUGCAGCUCAAGUACAGGGAAAAGAGGCUUGAGCAAGAGCAUGGCCUGCUGUCCCGUCAGAUCUCUGUCCUGCAACACCAACUGGAGCAGAGAACAGAAGAGACCAUCAAGCAGCGCCAGGAACAUUCCUCCAUCAUUCUUGGACUCCAAACAGACCUCAAUCAUAAAUUAGAAGAGCUUAGGGUAGAGAAAGAAGAAAGAACCCAACUUCAAAAUCAGGUUGAGGAGAAAGCACAGCGGAUUCAGGAACUUCUGGAGACUCUGAAUGCCUCAAGGGAGUCUGAGGUAGAACUGGAAGAGACUUUCCGCCAAGAGUUGGCUGCACAGAAGAAGCUCACUGAAGUUUAUCAAGGCUCAGCACAGAAUGAGAAGGAGCGUGCCGCAGCUCUUGAGAAGGGUGUUGAGGAGCUCCACAAGCUGCUGCAGGAGGCCAGUGAACAGUAUGGGGCCCUUGAGCGAGCCAAAGCUAAGACUGACGAGGAAAACGCUGAAGCCUUGCAGCAGUCCAACACUCUUGUUAAGGAACUCAAGGAAGAAUUGGAUAAAGUCAACACACUACUGGAAGCUAAUGCCAAGAGAGGUACAGGUGACUGUGAUGAACUUUCCCCAGCAGCCAGUGCAGCAAGUCAGCUAGUGAGUCGCGGCCUAAGCCUGACCCAGCUGUAUGCCGAAUACCUUUCCACCACAGAGAAGCUCAUGGGGGUUGAGGAGGAAAAUAAGCGACUGCAGCGUUAUGUGGACCAGAUCUUGAAGGAAAUUGAGGAAAGAGUUCCUGUACUGAAAAAACAGAGAGAAGACCACCAGAAGUCCCUAGAAACCAUCACUUCACUUCAUAACCAACUUGAGGAGACCCUUGUGGAGAUGGAGAAGCAGAGGUUAGAGGCAGAUGAAGCUCGGCGACGGUCCAGCUACUUAGAUCGAGAGAACAAGCGUCUUGACACCCAGGUGAAGGACUUGAGCAAGCAAGUGACUAUACUGGUAUCGCAGGUUGAGGCUGCCAGAGCCGGACUUCCUCCCCCAAUGAUCCCAAAAGACACCUCCAAGAAUCCAACUUUUGCUGGAGAUGUAAUAUCACAGCGUCUCGUGGCAUUCAGAGACAUUGCAGAGCUACAAGAGCAGAAUGUCAGCUUGCGUGCAUCCCUGCGAGAACUUUCAGAACAACUAGAGGUCUCAGAGCAGUCUGCUGUAGAUGAGAAAACUAAGGAACUUAAGGAUGAACUGGAUGCUGUCAAGUCCCAGUUGACAGAGCUAACCACAGCACGUGAACGGCAAGAGGCUUUGAUGACAAACCUGGUGCACCAGCGUGACAUGUACCGCACUCUCCUCACCCAGCAGAGUCCAAAGGCAGAAUCUAAGCCUGAUCGGAGAAGCCAAACACCACAGCCAUCUGAUGGAUCAAAUGAGAAACUUAAUAAACUUCAGCAAGAACUGGAGCAGUCAAGGAAAGAGGUGAUGACUCUGAAGAAGGAGCAUGAGGAGUACAGAUUAGAAAAAGCAAAGAAUGACAAGCUAAUCAAAGAUGAUUAUGAUAACUUGAGAAAAACUAUGGAAAAGACCAGAAAUGAGAACAUCAAGCUGCUAUCACAGUCGGAGUAUGACAAUGAGCGCAUCAAGACUCUGCAGAACAAUGGGGAGGUGCUGCGCCGACAGAUUGCUGUCCUUGAGAAAAACAACGCCACACUGAAUGGCAUCAUUGGUCGACAUGAAGGGACCAUUGACACCCUGCGCAAUGAAUACCUCACCCUGCAGAAGAAACUCUCCCGUGCAGAAAUUGCUGUGGAUAAUCUUAGGGAAGAGAAAACUUUGCUUAAGGAGGCAGAGGCCAGACUUCUUGCUGAGAGAGAAUCCUUGUCUCAUGGACAAACUUCUCAGGCUAUGCUUUUAGCCAAUUUGGAAGCAAUCAAGAUAAACUUGGAGCGCAAGGACUCUGAAGGAAAGAUGAGAUCUGAAAAUCGUAUUGCAGAAUUGACUGAACAAGUCACUCGUCUAAAAGCAAAAUUGGAAUCCAAUUCAGAUCUUAAAGCUGCACAAGAGAAGGUGACUGAGUUGGAGGCUCGCAUCAAGUCCAUGACAGAGGAGCGUGCUUCCACAACUAAGCAACUUAUGGAAGUCAAAACUGAGUUGGUAUCAACCAAGAAUAAAAUGAAUGAGCUCCAGGAGAGAGCCAAAGUCUCCCAAUCAUUGCUAGGACCAAGACCCAGAGGCACAAGCCCCGGAGCAUUAGGGCCAAUGCGUCCACCUGGACCCUCACCACAAGUCCGAGAUUUAGAGGUUCAGUUGGCAGAGGAAAAGGCUAAAGUGUCAGCCCUACAGUCUGCUCUGGACCAGUCGAAGCGCUCGCUGAUUGAGUUAAUGGAUCUUGGCAAGAAGCAUGAGAAGCAACUAGCUGACUCAACUGAGGCUUGUAAGACAGCCAAUGAGGAGUACAACAAACUGAAAAAAGAAUCUGAAGAGACAGAGGAGAAACUGAACAAAACUGAAACACAGCUGAAGGAAGCCAUAGAGGAAGGUGAAACACUGAAGAGUCUCCUGAAUUCUAAGUUGGCCAAGACUGAGGAUGAGUUGCAGACAUGCCAGAAACAACUCACUGAAGCCAAUGAAACUCUGCAGAAGGCCAAGGAAGAUGAAACUGCUGCCAAGAAAGAAGCUCAAGAGCAAAUUAGGAUUGCAGGUGAAGUUCAAGACAAGUAUGAGAGGGAGGUGAUUCUACAUGCUGCAGACCUCAAGGCCCUGGCCACCUUGAAGGAAAGACAGGCAGAGUAUAAUACUGAGCUUCAAGAAGCUCUUUCAGCCAAGGCAAAGGCAGAGGAGGCUGUCAGAGAAACGCGUCUUGGCUUUGAGGAACGAGAAACGCAGCUGCGCAAAGAAAACAAGGACCUGAUGACUCGCUGCCAUGAACUGGAAGAACAAAACAAGUCACUCCUAGACCAGUUCACACAGCUGUCUGACAAAAUGGCAGCAAUUCAAAGUAAAUUCUCUUCCUCUGAGGGAGAAGGUCAGAACGUAUCAUUCACCGAAGAUGAAGCGCGCUCUUCAGAUCAACUUCGAGAGAUCAUUAAGUACCUGCGUCGCGAGCGUGACGUGACUGUUGGAAAGUUUGAGGUGGCUCAGGCAGAAAACCAAAGGCUGGAGGCUCAGAGGACUUGCCUCAGGACCCAGUUGGAGCAGAUCACCAAGGAGUUGGCUAAUGAGAGGGAGAAGAACCAGGUGUCUUCAGACAGUGCCAGUCGCUAUGCUGAGUUGCUGCGAAAGGUGCACACCAUGGAUGCUCUGGCCGACAGCAACCGCCUCAUGCGAGAAGAGAAGGAAGGGCUACAGAACUCUUUGGUAGAGUUCAAGGCCAAAUAUGAGUCUAUCCAAAAGCAGAUUGAACCACUGCAGGAAAAACUACGGUUGAAUGAUUACAAGAUUGAGGCAUUGACGCUUGAAAAGAAGACACUGGGAAAUGACAAGGAGAUGUUCAAAAAGAGAACAGUAGAACUUGUAGAAAAACUCAAUCGAGCCAAACCAGAAGAUUUUGUUAAGCUUCAACAAGAGGUAAAUGAGCAGCAGAAAUUACUUCAGAGCAGAGAAGUUGAAAUCAACAGGCUGAAGAGUCAGCUUGCACAGCUGUCCAAGAAUCAGCAAAUGAUUGUUAACCAAAAGAACCAGUUCCAACAGCAGCUGACAAGUGCCCGAGAAGAGCUACGUAAAGCUCAUGAAGAAACAAGAAAGAACUUGCUGGAGAAAACUCGGCUGCAACAACAACAUGGAGAAGAGAACAAGAAAGUUGCUGCAGAAAGAGCCCGUCUUCAGCAGCAACUGGUGCAGUCCCAAGAGCGUGUGCGGGGGCUAGAAGCAUCGUCCCAGCAGGCUCAGGCCACACACCAGCAGGAGAUGGCUAAUAUGAUGGAACUGAAGCAGCGAGACGAAACGCAGAGACACCAAUUAGAGGCAACAAAACGUGAACUUGACUCAUUGGUUGAGAAGCUGAAGGAGGCUGAAUCAAAGUUAGCAGAGACUGCAAAGAAGGCAGACAACUUUGAAAAGCAGACAUUACAGCUUCGAAAAAUUGCAACAAAAUACAAAAAAGCAGCAGAAGGAGGAGCCUCAGCAGCAGGAACAAGUGGAAAUGAGGGUACAGAGAGUGAGGCAGGUGUUGCUGGCCCAGAAAGAGUGAAGGAGUUGGAGGAUACAAUCAACACACUUCGUCAAAAGCAGGAUGCUGCCCAAGAAGAACACAACAAUAUGCAAAAAGAAGUUGCUAAUUUGAAACAGUUGCUGUCCAACAAGGAGGCUGAAAUGGAACAAGCAAAAACCCAGACCCAACAGAAAGAAGGAGAAUUUAAUAAGCUACGGAAUGAUCUAGAGGGCAAGACACGGGAACUUCAAGUGGCACAGAACUUUUCUACGCAGCUCAAACAAAAUGUGUCCAAGCAGAUGGCAGACUUUACCAAGAGAUUGGAGGAAACUCAGAACAAGAAGCAGAUGUACGAGAGUCGCAUUGCCCAGCUGGAAAAGGAACGUGAUCAGCUAACUCAUGAAGUUGAAACUCUUAACAAGAAACUUCAGAUGCAGCAACGCCAACUGGAAAACCUUCAGAAACAAACUGCAGGGGUGUCUAAGCCAUCUACAAGUGGUGUGUCUUCAGAAAAGUCUGGUUUUGAGCCUCCACCAACAGCCAACAUCAAACCCAUGAGCACCCCAGGGACUCCAUCUGCUUCUCCUCGCUCACAGGCUGCCACACAAGUUGUUCCCCCGUCACGUGCCAUCCCCACCGCCAGCAUUCGGCCAAUGGCUCCACCCACAGGAGGUUCAGCUCCUCCCCAAGGGUCAACUGUCAUGGUUGUGUCUCCUUUAGAAACCCACAGUGAUGGCAUGGUGUCCUCAACUGUGACCUUGCCCCAGGCUACUGUAACACCCACCCCUGCCAUCUCUGCCCCAACACUACUCACCACAGCCACCACAACACCUUCAGCUACCACCACCAUGACUACAACUCUCACUGCCACAGUGUCUCCCACCCCAGUCUCUGUUUCCUUAACCACUCCAGUGGCUCCUGCUGCAUCCAUCUCUUCCAUUACAUCUUCACAACCCUCCUCACAGUCCUCAACUGCUACAAAGUCUACACUUGCCAGUCAAUCAUCUCCAGCCUCUCAGUCAACCACAGGUGUUGCAGAGUCCACACCAGCCACCCAGUCAACAGCUUCUGCUCAGUCAGCACCCUCAACAAAAACUGCUGCUUUACAAACUGCUGCAGCCACUUCAUCAACUGCUGGUUCUCAGUCUACAUUGGCCAGCCAGUCCACUCUGGGGCCUCAGGCUGCCACAGCCAGUACCUCAAUAGUUGCACCCAUUGUGUCUGUAGCUGCUGGUGGCUCAGGGGCCUCAUCAAAGACUGCAGCCUCAUCAGCUCCACACUUAAGGCAAGACUCCCAAGAAGUAUCUGCUGAUACACUAGUUUCACAGGCAAUUGCUCUUGUGAGCCCACUUAGUACCCAAGAACUUGCUGGACCGUCAGACACCAGCUCACUGAAGAGAAAACUUGACUCGCCAGAGACAGUAACCAAUACUAAGGAUGCCAAACGCACAUGUCUGGAAGGAGACGCACAACAGUCUACUGAGGAAGCUGGGCCAUCAUCAUCACAUGCUGAGCAGGAAAAUGAUGAUGCAAGUCAAACUCAGGAAAAUGAAGAUGAUGUGAUUCAACUGGAAUCAGAUGAUGAAACAGAAGAAUAUGGUGACCAAGGAGAGGAAGAUGAGGAAGAGGAAGAGGAGGAGGAUGAAGACCACAUGGAUGAAGAAGAGCAAGAGCCAGGCAUUCAUCAGAUUGACUCAGAUGAGGAAGAUGAAGCCAUGGAGCAUGAUGAAACCACACGAGAAUGCAGUCAAGGCCUUAAUGCCGAGGAGGGCCAAAAUACUCGAGAGGCUGAAGGAGACUUAGGAGAUGCUGAGGCAGAGGCUGAAGCAACAUCUCGGCUCUCAGAAGAUGCUGAAGAUUCAAGGGGAGAACCCCAAGAAACUCCAAGUGAGAGUCAGCAUCCUCAGCCCUCAGCAGGACCAAGCCAACCCUCCUCCUCAAGUCGUGGAAUGGACGGACCCUCACAGACCACCUCCAGGUCACCUCUUGUGCUCCCACGACCCAUAAUCCGUCAAGAGCGCCGCCAGGCCUUGGUACCCUUCAGCCAGUUGCCUCAGUAUGAGGAAGGUGGAGAUGACAGUAUUGUUCCAUCAACACCAACGCUCUUUGUUCCCAGACGUGGGGACGGCUUUUCUGAAGCUGUUAGUUCUCCUCAGGUUCCAUCUGGUGGAUUUGUCUUUGGUUCUAACCCUGAAAUAUCCAAUCCACCACAAACAAGUGGUCUGGCACAAAUGGCAGAAGGUGGCCUCAUUGAUGACACCAGGAUUGACCUUGGCCAACUUGAUGAGAGCAACAGAUCCCAGCCCAGCACUCCCUUGCGCCGCUCCCCAACAGCUGACUUGGGAGCAGAAGGUGGCGUUAGCACCAGUGAAGGUGACACCUCCCAUCGUGAACCUCCAACAAUCUUGGUGACGAGAGCUGAGCAGUCCAACGAGGAAAGCACACAAGACUCGGAGGAAAACUUUACUGAGGCUGACUCCAUGGCAGCAGAAGUGGGUGAAGAUGACAUUGAGGAGGAGGAGGAAGAACCACGUGGAGAUGCUGAUGAUGAAGUGCUUGAUUUGGAUGACGAGGGAGAAGCCGAAGCAGACAGACAAGCCAGUGAGGCAGAGGAGAGGCGAGGUGACAACAGCAACAGUAGUAGCAGUAGUAAUCAGGCAGCCCAAGAUGUUUCCAGUGUGCCCUCCUCUACCCCUAGCUCCAUGCCUUCCUCCUCACACCAACGGAGGAUAACGCCUAUCACAUGGGAUGAGUCUCCACAGCGAUUCCACAGAGGUCGAGGGUACAUGUUGAGCCGUGGAGACCGUGGACGUGGCUUCAUAAGAAACCCCAGUAUGGGAGGCCGUGGAUUUAAUCCCUUACUACAUAAUCCACCCCAAAUGAGAGGGACCAGCCCACAACGAGCCAGGAGGUCCCGCCCUGGGCCAUUCAUGCGAGGUCCACCUAUGUAACAACCUGUGUUCUGAAUAAAUCAAGAACUUAUUCUCCUGUGUAGAAAAAGCUGUGCUAUUGAAAUGUGAUGUCAUUUUUGCUAUUCUUCUGGUACAACAUAAGUAACUUCAGUUUCAUGGACAGAAAUUAGAUUUUUAUACCAAGAAAAUGUUUGUAAUUCAUUUAGAUCUGUAACAAGAUUGUAAAUUGUUUCAUGAGUAGAUAUACUUAGUGAACUAAGUCCAGCCUAGAAAAGCAUUGUUUGAAAUUUGUGGUUUGUGAUGAAUAUAAUUAUAGUAUAAAAAAUAGCACUUACCAAAUUAUUUUACUGUACCAACUAUGAUGUAAACAUUUCAGUUUAUAGGUGAAACACACCUUGGAUAUGCCUCCCUACUUGUAGCAUUGUCUAUUUCACAUAUUUAUCCACUCCUGAUUUUUUUUCUUUUCAUGUGUGCUGCAGUAAUGGCUGUUUUAAGGGUUAACCAAUUUAUCCAUAAAUAUUUUCCUUGUUGGUAAUUAAAUGUACAAAUAACAUCACCUUAGUUCAUUAGUAAUGUGCUACUUCAAGGAUACAUACAUGCAUAUAUUAUGCCAACCUUUCAUGGUCCUCAGACAUUGAUUUUCUACUUUCAUAAUACAUCUAUUAGGUUUAUCUAGCUUUAUCUUGACAGAUACUUAAGCUAGUAUAUUUUUUACUGAGGUUUAUUUAGCUUUAUCUUGACAGAUACUAAAGCUAGUAUAAUUUUUACAGACUCUUACUUUGUUAAACAACAAAUUUUACUCUUUGUUGAACAUACUUCACAAUGUAUAAAAAUGAUGAAAAUUACAUUUCUCAUGCUUGUCUUUUAUAGUGUGCUUCAAAAAUUGUCACAGCAUUGUAAUCAUAGUGUCAUUUGUUUUUGAAUAAACACUUGAAUGUGUA